GAUUAUUUCCAGGCAAUCAUGCAAACAUUUGUAAACUAGAAUUACAUUUUUAAGAAUAUAUAUUAAAUCUUGCAGAAUUUGCAGUUAUAUACGUCUAAGUAUAAAUACACAGUUUACAUUGUGGGACAAUUUGAUUUGCUAAAAGUGUUUCUGACUGAAUUGAGAAGCCAGAAGCGCUGUACAUCUCCCUUUAAAGCAAAAGAUGAUUACAAACUGCAGUUGACAAUCCCCAUUCAUUCCGUGCAACAGAAAAAAAAAAUCCCAUCUCUUAAAAGCAAAGCCAGCGGCAACAUAAAACCCUUUGUCUUUUUGCUUCGGAACAUUUUUUCCAAAAUCUUACACAAAUUCUUGAUUUCAAGAUCCGAAACGAUUGACCAAAUUUUAUUGGAUCAGCUGACAAUCCUAACUGUGAUUUCACGUGUCUGGAAAGGCAAUAAAUUAUAUUUUUGUUCUCUCUCUGCAUUUCAACUGACAAGAGAGGGAUGGUUUUCCUAGCCAGCCCUGGUUUUCACGCGCCAGGACUUAAGGUCGCCAUUUGCUAUUCCUCCUUCCGCAAUAAAAUGCCUUUAGCGCCAUCUAAGUAGAUCCACAGGGAUCAGCAGCUCCUCUCUUAAUCCAGCCACCGCUGGAGGAGAAAAAGAAGAGGGAGGGAAAAAUUGUUUUAAACGUAAAAGGAAAGAAGCGAUAGAUACCGCGAACCAAAAAAAAGAAGAAGAAAAGAAAAAAAAAAUCACUGCAGCAAACUGCAUUCCCCAAAAAGCCCGGGGGCACGCUCCAGCGUGCGCACAAAUCUUUGCGUAGUUCCUGUGCGACCCGCGGCAUAUGACGCAGAAGACCUGCGCGCUUGCAUUUCCGGUCCUGGAAUUUUAGGCGCGUGGGGUAGGAGGUGCCUGACUUGCUCUCUGCAAACAUGCGGCCCGGUUUUACCUCUCGCGGAGGACGUGGGGACCGUGGAGGACGUGGAGGCUUCCGAGGAGGCCGAGGAGGUGGAUUUAUAUCUCGUGGAGGUGGACGAGGUGGUGGUGGUGGAUUCCGAGGUGGAAGAGGAGGAGGUGGUAGCUUCCGAGGUGGACGAGGAGGUGGUGGUAGCUUCCGAGGUGGUGGACGAGGAGGACGGGGUGGCUUCAAAGGAGGCAAAAAGGUGACUAUAGAACCCCACAGACACGAAGGUGUCUUCAUCUGCAGAGGAAAAGAAGAUGCAUUAGUCACACUAAAUCUGGUACCUGGAGAAUCUGUAUAUGGAGAGAAAAGAAUAUCUGUAGAGGAGGGUGAAACAAAAGUGGAAUACCGUGCCUGGAACCCCUUUCGUUCUAAGUUGGCUGCUGCCAUCCUUGGAGGCAUUGAUCAGAUUCAUAUCAAACCGGGAGCAAAAGUGUUAUACCUGGGAGCAGCAUCAGGAACAACGGUGUCUCAUGUCUCUGAUAUAGUGGGAUCGGAAGGGCUUGUGUAUGCUGUGGAGUUCUCCCAUCGCUCAGGUCGUGAUCUCAUCAAUGUAGCAAAAAAACGGACCAACAUCAUUCCUGUCAUUGAGGAUGCACGACAUCCACACAAAUAUCGCAUGUUGAUUGGCAUGGUGGAUGUCAUUUUUGCAGAUGUGGCUCAGCCCGAUCAGUCACGUAUUGUUGCCUUAAACGCACACAACUUUUUGAAGAACGGUGGUCAUUUUGUUAUCUCCAUCAAAGCCAACUGUAUUGAUUCAACAGCGGCCCCGGAGGCAGUCUUUGCAUCAGAAGUAAAGAAAAUGCAGCAGGAAAAUAUGAAACCCCAGGAACAACUGACUUUGGAGCCCUAUGAGCGAGAUCAUGCUGUGGUGGUUGGCAUGUACAGACCGCCGCCUAAACCGAAGAAGCAAAACACAUAAAUAGUUGAUGCCCAUUGCAAUAGGGGCAAAAGGACUUUUCUUACUUUUUAUGUCAGGAUUCUUGCUAUUGCCUGGGACUCAGCAGUCUUAAGAUGCUGUACUGCAUCUAUGUUCCGAGGCAUUCUGAAAUGUGUAUAUUUUUUUAUUAAAAUAAGUAAUAUAGAGACCUACUAGACUGUUUGUAGUUUUGAGGGUGAGGCAAAACUUGGAAAACUUAACUCAGACUGAAUCAAGGAACUUGAGCCCAACUCUUUCAUUCAUUAACUGUGCUUACAUACUGCCUAGUAUCUGCAUCCACCAUUUUAAAAUAACUGUAUAUGUGAAGUAUUAAAACACCUCCCGUCCUAAAACAAUGUUAAAGUAGAUUAAAUGAAAUUUGUAUAGAGUGUUGCCUCUUAGAUGUUAAGGUGAUUUAUUUCUGUUAUGAUUGACCAUUUUCAGAUUUGUUUUAUUUUUGCUUCCAAGUCUGUCUUGACUCUUGGCAGCUGCAUGGGCAAAUCCCAGCGAUUCUCUUGGCAACAUAGCUUAGAAAUGGCUUGUCACUGUCUUUUUCCUAAGAUUGAGAAAGACUGGCCCAAAAUCACCCAAGCUGCUUCAUGUCUGAUGCAGAAGAAUUCAUGAUCUCUUGGUUUCUAGCUGGGUGCUUUUAACACCAAACUGACUCUCAUCUCCAAUUAAAGCCUUACAGAAAAAAAUUCCCCUAUGCGUUGGAUUCAGGUACAGUUCAGAUUGACAUUCAAAUUGAUAUAAGAUGGGGAGGAAAGCCAAAAUGGAAUGUCGGAGGAACUAUUAUACUAUAAAAGCCUUAUAAAAGUAGCUUUUUUAAAAAAUGAUUUAUAUAGAAUCUUUCCGGAAAACAAACCCCAGAGUUAUGGGAAUUAUAAAUCAUAUCUGCUGGUACUUGCUGAUUAUUGUCAAUUCUAACAGAUUUUCAGGGUUGGUGAGGUAGAUACUUAUACUGUAUGUGAUAGCUGUUUGACAAUGUAUAAUUCAAAAUGUUUACUAUCUUAAAAGAGGGAAAGAAACCUGGGUAUGCAGUUUAAUUUCAGGAAUAAAGAACAGUGAAUAGGGAGCUGUAAUGAAAAAUGUUCACACAAAUUUUGGGGUUUCUGUAAUAAACUAGCAAAGUGAAGAGCUAAGCCUCAGAAGGAGCAUCCCAGUUCUUUGUAAGUAGCCAAAGAACUGUAAAAAGAAUAGCUCUUUUUCACUUUUUUUUUUAAAUCUUCUGGUCCAGAUGCACUAGUUAUUUCCAAAGCUUCCCUGACACACGACUACUGCAUAUUGCAGUGGCACCAUCCAUAGGUAACGCCACCAGAUUCUAUGCUCCAGCAUCUUUAUGCCAUUAAGGUAAGGUUAGUCCAAGAUUUCAGACCGGCAGAUGCUAGGUGUUCUUAGCAUUUGCAAUAGUGGUGAAUAUUCUUAGCAUUCUCUACUGAUGGCACUCAAUGCCUCUUAAAGUUGUUCAGCAGUAGCGAUGUUGAAGGGUUUUUUUCUUCUUCUCCAAAUUGCUUUUAUUAAAUACUGUCCAGAAA